CCAUAGCCAGAAGCGGUAUUUCACAAACACCUACCACAGUAGUAGUUUCUUCACCGGAAAAUAAUUAAAAAUGUCAGUUUCCGAUUAUGCUCUAUUGGAGUCUAUCCACCGGUAUCUCCUCGCAGAUGACUCCGCGACUUCCCUUAACUCUUUGGAGUCGGUUUCCUCCUAUGAACGGCCGUCAUUGUACCAGAGUUCAAUAAGUUUCACUCGGCUCCUCCUGAGCGAUAACAUGUUCGCCGCUGCUCUACAGAUAGAGUGUAGCGGCAACACGGAGCCGAAGUAUGAGGCGAGUCGUGAUGAGGAGUCAGAGGUUACGGUGCGUGAUACAAACGCGCCGCAGAAGGAGGUGAGUUAUAGGGGAGUUAGGAGGCGGCCUUGGGGAAAGUAUGCGGCGGAGAUAAGAGAUCCUAAGAGGAACGGCGCCAGAAAUUGGCUCGGGACUUAUGAGACGCCUGAGGAUGCAGCUCUGGCUUAUGACAGAGCCGCUUUUGAGAUUCGAGGCUCGAAAGCUAAGCUCAAUUUCCCUCAUAUGGUCGGCUCAAAUAACUGGGAGCCGGUUAGAGUGGGCCAUAGACGGCGCUCACCGGAGCCGUCACGUUCGCCGUCAUCCAAUGUGAAGAGCUGCUCCCCGGAGCGGAAGAGGAGAAAGUACGAUGAUGGCUUGUUGGCUAAUGAAAGUUCAACAGGAGAUUCCGGCUUGGAUCAUCUUACAUUGGAUCAAUUAAUGGUUAACUGCUUUCAAAAUUAUUGAAAUUGAUUUGGUGUUUUUUUUUUUUUUUUUCAAAUCUUCAAUAUUCGUAAAUCAUAUUAGAUCUUCAUUGAUCUAAAGUUGAGCGCAAUGUAAACAUUAUUAAAAAAAAAUUUCAAUA